AUGGCUUCUCUUGUUUCAGCUGUUCCUAAUAUCCAAGAGAUGAAAGGGUCAAGUAAUAUUAUUGGUUCAAAGAGGAUGAAUAAUGGAGAAGAAAAUAAGGGUAUUUGUUUGAGUUGGAAGGAUCUAUGGGUAACUGUUUCUGGUUCAAAAAAUGAAAGUAAAUCCAUUCUUGAAGGUUUAACUGGUUAUGCAAAACCAGGUCAGGUUUUGGCUAUAAUGGGUCCUUCUGGUUCUGGAAAAUCUACACUUCUUGAUGCUUUAGCAGGGAGAUUAGGUUCAAACACAAGACAAUCAGGGGAGAUUCUGAUCAAUGGCAACAAACAAGCAUUGGCUUAUGGAACCUCGGCAUAUGUCACACAAGAUGAUACAUUAUUAACAACCUUAACUGUCAAAGAAGCAGUAUACUAUUCAGCUCAACUUCAAUUACCUGACACAAUGUCCAAACAAGAGAAGAAACAAAGAGCUGAUUCUACAAUCAGAGAAAUGGGCCUUCAAGAUGCAACUAACACAAGAAUUGGAGGGUGGGGUGUUAAAGGCAUAAGUGGGGGUCAAAAAAGAAGAGUCAGCAUUUGCAUUGAGAUUCUAACACAUCCUAGUCUUCUUUUUCUUGAUGAACCAACUAGUGGACUUGAUAGUGCUGCUUCUUACUAUGUCAUGAAAAGAAUUGCUUCCUUAGGGAAAAAAGAUGGAGUUCAAAGGACUAUUGUUGCGUCGAUCCAUCAACCUAGUACCGAAGUUUUUCAACUUUUUCAUAAUCUUUGUCUUUUGUCUUCUGGUAAAACGGUUUACUUUGGACCUGCUUCGGCCGCAUGUGAGUUUUUCGGUUUGAAUGGAUUUCCUUGUCCUCCUCUCCAAAAUCCGUCCGAUCAUUUACUUAAAACUAUAAAUAAGGAUUUUGAUCAGGAUAUUGAGAUCGAUUUAGCGGAGAUGAGUAGAACAAUUUCCACAGAACAAGCAAUUGGUAUCCUUGUGACUUCAUAUACAUCGUCCGAAAUAAACCAAGAAGUUAUAAAUGAAGUAGCAGUACUAUCGAAAAAGGACAAUAAUUCAACAUACAAGAGGAAAAAACAUGCUGGCUUUCUUAAUCAAUGCUUAGUUCUUACCAGAAGAUCUUUUGUGAACAUGUUUCGUGAUCUAGGCUAUUACUGGUUACGCCUCGGCAUAUAUAUUGCUCUGGCUAUAAGUUUGGCCACUGUCUUUAAUGAUUUGGAUAAAAGUUAUGGCUCGAUUCAGGAUAGGGGUUCAUUUCUUAUGUUUGUGUUUUCAUUCCUAACGUUCAUGACCAUUGGUGGAUUUCCUUCUUAUGUAGAGGACAUGAAGGUAUUUGAACGUGAAAGACUAAAUGGACAUUAUAGUGUUACCGCAUAUGUAAUUGGGAACACAAUUUCAUCUCUUCCAUACUUGUUAAUGGUUUCACUGAUUCCUGGAGCUAUAGCAUAUUACCCUGCUGGUCUUCAAAAAGGAUAUCAACAUUUUCUCUAUUUCAUCUGUGCUCUAUUUUCUUGUCUAAUGUUAGUAGAGAGUCUCAUGAUGAUAGUUGCAAGCAUCGUUCCUCAUUUUCUAAUGGGAAUCAUAACCGGUGCUGGAAUUCAAGGAAUCAUGAUGUUGGCCGGUGGAUUCUUCAGAUUGCCAAAUGAUCUUCCAAACCCAUUUUGGAGAUAUCCUAUGUUCUACAUUGCAUUCCAUAGGUAUGCUUUUCAAGGAUCAUAUAAAAACGAGUUUGAAGGACUAGAGUUUAAUAGAGAUGGCGGAAUUGGUGGAUCACUCAAUUACAUUAGUGGCGAAGAGAUUCUAAGAAAUAAAUGGCAUGUGGAUAUGAGUUACUCAAAGUGGGUUGAUCUUGGAGUGUUGUUGGGUAUGAUUGUUCUAUAUAGAGUUUUGUUUUUGAUUAUUAUCAAAACUACUGAGAAGGCUAAACCUUUUCUUCUAUCACUCAUGGCUGUGUCUCCAAGGAAAACUAUACAAGUUUUGGAGAAUCCUAAUGCUACUCCUUUGCAUGUAGAAAUUGUUUGA